AUGAACGCUAUGGCGCAAUCCGAUGAAGAAGAUGACUACAUGAACAUGACGUUCGAGGAUGCGCCCAAGGGCCCAAAGUACGAAACCUCCCUCCAGCGCGCCGCGCGCAAGCGCAAAGAGGGCGAAGCCAGAGCACGACAAAAGACGAAAGCCGAGCGCGAGGCAGAUGCAGAGGCAGCACGUGAAGCCGCGUUAGCCACAGCCCUCCCCGAAACGAACAAGGGAUUCAAGAUGAUGGCUAAGUUUGGCUUCAAGCAGGGCGAUACCCUCGGCAAAUCCGAAAACGCUCGCAAAGUCCCUAUAUCAGUCGAUAUCAAGGGCGACAGGAGCGGCAUCGGUCUCGAGUCUGAGAAGAAGCGCAAGUUCAGAGAGCAGUGGGAGCAAGCAGACCGAGAAGCGAAGCGCUCCAAGGAGGAGGAAGGCGACUACAUCGAGAUCAGACGACUAGAGGCAAAGCAGAAGAAGGCAGAGAGAGACCUCGACAGCGCACAGAGGACUGCUGAGCGACUCACUGAGAAGGAAGCCGAGGAUAAAGGUACACCGCAACCGGUUGAGAAGCCAGUAAAGGACGUGAACCUUCUUUGGCGUAGUCGCGCUCGACGGAGAGCAACUAUCAUGCACGAGAAACAGCAGCGCCGGGAGCUGGACAACAGCAUUGCCUCGCGACUACCCACGCUGGCUCCGGAAGAAGACGACGAAGGCGACGAUGCGAAGAUCGCACAGGGUCGUGAUCUUGCGCCCUUUUACACAUCCCUUGAAAAUGAUCUUGAGGGUGAGGACCCAGAGCUUGCUGAGUUUGAGGCUUUGCCAGUCGAAGAACGACUUGAAAAGCUUCUCACGUUCCUCCGAGAAAAGUUUCAUUACUGUUUGUAUUGCGGGUACCAGUAUCCCGACGCAGAGAUGGAGGGUUGUCCUGGCGUGACUGAGGAUGAGCACGACUGA